AUGUCGGCUGGCGGUGAGAGCGGGAGCCUGGGGGCUAUUUCCUGGCUUGGGCUGCGGGACGAAGAGCGGAAAGACACGCCGCUUUUGUACCUAGCGGAGGUGGAAGGGCCGGCUGUGGAAGGGAUGGAGAAUGGGGACAAUGCACGCUCGGACGGGACGGACGUGCGAACCACGCAGGUCGGAUUCGCAUUCGGAUGA